ACCUUGUUAACUCUCAGUCCUCUUCUGCCGCUCAACUCUGGCGAUGCUGUCAUGAGGCUCGAAAGACACUUUCAUCCAGGCCAAAGGCAAUUUGGAGGAGAUCGCAGGGUUUACGGAAACAACCCUCCCGAAUACAUCGCUUUGAUGGCAAAUCACACAAUCUUGUCGUCAAAGAUUACCCUCUGGUCCCUUACUGCCGCAACCGCCAGAUGAGGUUUUCACCUCUACUAUCUGCAGAUCGCCCAUCACAACCGAUCCAACGCCUUGGCGUACCAUUUUCUCCAGCUCCGAUACCUUCUAGAAGUGUGAACGAUGCGGGGAAGCGAGUCAGAAACUGCAUCUCACCGGUAAUGAGCUUAACCUGUUGGAUUAAGCGUCAUGUAAACACAUGAGACGAAGCCGGCAGCGGCAUGGUACGCACUCUUGAUGCACACACGUGAGAUGAGAAUAAGAUACAUCCUCAAUUG